AAAAGGCCAACACUUGGCCGAGAAGGCAAAUCGUCUUCCUCCUCCCCGCAAUCCCAAUUACGAACCCGGAUGCUCAACAAAUCGAGUGUGGACACUCAACUGGUGAGCCCAAGUGAAAAUUGAGAGGAAAAGCGAAGAGCAAAUUAAACGCUGAGACGAACAACAAGAAUCGCUGCGGAUCUGAAGAAGCACCCGGCCACCAUGGAGGUGGAGCCUGGUAGUGGAGGUAGUAGUAGGUGUCGUGCUGCCGAGGGGGAAUUGCAGGACGAGCAAGGGGACGCCUCCGUUGAGGUCCAACUCGAUCUCUUCCCGGGCCCAGCUCCGCGGCCGCUGCGCGUCAAGGAAUCUUCCUCGUCGGAUUCAGGAAUCACGUUCUCCGUUGGAUCCCAGUCCAGCAAGAAGGGCGGCGGCGGUAGCAGAAGCCGAGGCGACCGGGCACCGCCGGCGACCGCCGUUGGGAAGCAGCACCUGCUCGACAAGGUGCUGACGCCGGCCGACGUGGGGGAACGGUUGGUUAUCCCCGAGGAAGAUGCGGUCUGUUGGCCCUUCCUGCCGGGCAUCGUGUUUACCUUUGAGGACCCCAACGGGAAGCAGUGGAGCUUCCGCUGCUCCUACUCGGAGGAGCUCCGGGGAUGCUACAUGACCAAGGAAUGGAGCCGCUUCGUCAGGGAGAAGGGACUCCACGCCGGCGACACCGUCUCCUUCUACCGCGGCCUCGGCGCGGCUGGACACGGCCGCUUCUUCGUGGACUGGAAGCUGCACGCGGAUGGUGCCCACCGUCGCCCGAAGCAGCCGCCCAUGGCUACCCCCAAUUUGGAGCUCGCUGACCCCUGCUCGGCCUCCUCGAUCAGGCGCCUCUCCCAGCAGCUUGUUCAUGUUCGAACCACCAUCUCACCCUCCACCUCCAGUGGAACGCAGGUGUCCUUUGCCUGGUUGACUAACGUUAGGAGCUUGGCCGCCGACGCCGAAGACUGUCUGCAAGAUCUGCACUGCAGGAUGAUGCAGGCCGUUCUUGUAGUUGGGAGCCACGAGAAGGACCCAAAUGUGUCUGGGAAUUCCUCCAAAGCAACAUCCAGCAGCUUCUUCCAGUCAGCUUCCCCAUUACAACUUACCGUCAAAUCCAUUGGUGAUAAACUUGAGGGCCUCCAACAUGGAAGACCUGAAUUGUCCGUUGCAGCUCCUCACAAUUCAAGUAAAUUGAUCUCGGUUAAUCAUUUGGUCGUGCGUUGCAUCCUUCUAUGUCGCGGUAUCUUGGGCAUUAUGAGCGCAGCUGGAGCUGACGAAGUGAAGGCGACCCGGGAAAUUCCAGUGUUUGCUUCUGAUGAUCUGACAUACGCUGGCCGUGCAAAUGUUAGUAUGAUGGACUCCCCGAAAAUGCCAGCAAACGUGACUGACCCUAUCUAUUUGUUGCCCACAUUUAUCAGGAGCCUGCUGUAUUUGGAUCUCUCAAACUGCAGCAGCCUUGCACAGGUGCAUCCUUCCCUAUGCACCCUGCAUCAUCUGGCUGCUUUGAACCUCUCCCGGUGCUAUUCUCUUCGCACAUUACCGGUAUCACUAGGAAUGCUGCAGAAGUUGCAGAUUCUUGUUCUUUCAAACUGCCAGAAACUGCAGAAUCUUCCAGUGUCGCUUUGCGACCUCUCCAAGCUCAGAUUGUUGGAUCUGUCGGGCUGUUCCAGACUUGAGACCUUGCCAUAUUCUUUCGUCACGCUUCGCCAACUGGAGAUUCUGAAUCUGUCAUACUGCAAAGGAUUGAAGGAGCUUCCACAACCAUUUGGCAUCCUUCAAGGACUGAAGUACUUGAAUUUAUCAGGCUGCCAUGGUUUAGACUUGGAUGUUGAGUGUAAGCUGGCCAAUUUGAUGUGCGCGACUCUGUCACCGCAUAGCAAUAUUCAAGGUUUCGCUGAUUCCUUUCGAGAUCUUAAGAACCACCUGGACAUGUCAAGAUGGUGGAAGAAGAGCCGGGUCCAUCCCCAGUGCAACCCAAAGGCCGUUCCAUUUCAUACAUAUAAGUGCCACGAGCAAAGUAUUAUUGAAAGGCUACUGUCUGUUAAUUUUGAUGAGAGUGUUGUCACUGGUGAUCAUGUAGUCAUUUCUAUUUGCGUAGUUGGUGAAAGCGGCAUGGGCAAGACUGAUCUGAUUCAUCGAAUUUACAAUGACAAAUUGAUUUUGGAUACUUUUGAUUUGAGAAUAUGGUUACCUGCGUGUGACAAAAAGAUGCUACUAGGGAAAAUUGUAGAAUUUACAACUUUCUCCUACUGCUGUGAUUCCCCAAUGAGCGUUCUCGAAGAAAUUUUAACAGAAGAACUUACUGGCAAGAAAUUCUUACUUGUACUGGACGACUGUGAUAACGAGAGCCCACAAUUCUGGAAUGAAUUACUGAAACUAUUUAAUGUUUGUUCAAAAGGAAGUGCUGUCAUUACAACUACUAAGAACAAGGAAGUCGCUAACCAUAUGGGAGCAACGCAGACCUAUUACUUGAGUUCUCUACCGAAAGAAGACUGCUUUAUGAUUUUCCACAGACAUGCGCUUGGUAGUUUAGAUAUGAAAAGUUACCCUCCGUUAGAAAGUGUUGGCUGGAAGGUUGUUGAGAAAUGUGGUGGUAAUGCACUGUGCAUAAAAUCCCUAACUGGGUUAUUGUGUCAUUCAGAAAUUGGCUUGUCUCAAAUGGAUAUGCUUGUUGAUGGUAUCUUACCAGCACUAAGACUUUGUUAUGAUCUUUUGCCAUCACACCUUCAGCAGUGCUUCAAGUUUUGUUCCUUAUUCCCCAAAGAUUAUAAUUUUAGCAAGCAUCACAUCGUCCGAUUAUGGAUAGCUCAAGGUUUUGUCUUCCCUGAAGAAGGUUGUCAACCAGAAGAGACUGGCCUGCAUUAUUUCGACGAGUUGUUCUGCAGGUCAUUUUUUCAGCACUCUCCCUUUCAUAAUGAUAAUGAAGAUAAGUUUGUUAUGCAUGAGCUGUUUCAUGAUUUGGCACAAUCUGUUUCAAGGAAUGAAUGCUUCAGAUCUGAGGAACCCUUCUGCAGUUUUCCUGAAAAUAUCUCCCACCUCUCGCUUGUUCCAUCAGAUUUUAAGACUGUUGCUCUGAUUAAAGAAAUUAAAAAUCUGCAGUCCUUGUUGGUUGUUAGAAGAUUUUUCCCAGUUGUUAGAGUUUUGCAUGGUGAUCUUUAUGUGAAAUAUAGAUUCUUAAGGGCACUAAAUUUGAGCUCUACAGACAUUCUACAGCUGCCAAGUUCUAUUCGGAACAUGAAAUACUUGAGGUUCUUGGCUCUCAACAACACGAAGAUCAAGGCCCUUCCUUUUGAAAUUGGACAGGUAGACACUCUGCAAACAUUGGAACUCAAGGAUUGUUGUCGCCUUACUGAGUUACCAGGAAGCACAAGUAAUUUGACAAAGCUUCGACAUCUUGAUGUGCGACAAGAACCGGGCAAUAUUAGAGUUAGCAUGCCACACGGUAUAGGACAGCUGACAGAUCUCCAAACCCUGACAGUAUUUAACAUUGGGAAUAAUUUAUUGCAUUCUUCAAUUGUGGAAUUGAAGAAUCUGAGUGGACUCUUGGGGCAUGUCCAUAUAACAGGGCUUGAGAAUAUUAAAACAGCCGAUGAUGCCAGAGAAGCAAACAUAGUCGGCAAGCACUUCCUAGAAGCACUGACAUUGGAGUGGUCUUACAGCGAAGGAGACAUGGAUGAUGAAAUGGGAGAAGUAAUUGCUAAUGAUAUUCUUCAAAAUCUCCAACCUAACAGAAACAUAAUGGAACUUGUCGUUCGAAAUUAUGCUGGAAAUCAGUUUCCUGCCUGGAUGCAGGACUCUUACCUUUGCAAUCUCGUCUCAGUUACACUUGAUAACUGCCAUGAAUGUAGUGAGCUCCCAUACCUUGGUGAUCUGCCAUGUCUUAAAUCUCUCUUCAUACAGAGAAUGAAUUCUGUAGAAAGCUUUGGAAUUGAGAGUAAUUCUCUGGCCAUUGAAGAAAACCAUUCUCUUAGAUUCCCAUCCCUGGAGGUGCUGACUUUACGGGAGAUGUAUGAUUUGCAGUUUUGGGUUGGCAUUACUGAAGGAGAUUUUCCACGGAUUUGUCAUCUUUCUAUCAGUAGAUGCCCAAAACUCACAGAAUUACCUCCUCUUCUUUCUCUAGUGCAUCUGUCAAUACAUUGCGGUGGUCAAGUGCCAUCCUUUUCAGAACUCCCAUCACUCGAGUCACUGAAGAUUGAAGGAUUUAAUAAGAUUCGGUCUAUUAUUUUCCCCCAUCAACUGACAACGUUAAAGAAGUUGGAAAUUAGUGACUGCAAAGAGUUGUCAUCAAUGAAUUCAUAUUCCUUAUCUGUUUCGAAUUUAAGAGUUGUGAGGUGCCCAAAACUUGAUUUGGUUGGAAGUUCACUGGAAGAUCACCACAGACAGCAAGUGGACAGUGGAAGGAAUAUUCCCACAAGGUGGUCUAUGGUGCUAAAAACUGCAACAUAUACAGAUCUCCAAGUUGACAGUUGGAAGUGGGAAAAGCAUGGAGAAAAGAAUAUAUUUGGGUCCAAUCUUGCAAGGUCAUACUACAGGUGCCUUCACAGAAACUCAACAGGAUGUUGUGCAACGAAGAUUUUGCAGCCCAAUGACACUGAUCCCAACAUGCUGUCUGCAAUGUAUAUAUACGAGCACAACCAUGAAUUCCCCAAUGAACCACACCUUGAACUGUCAGCCGAACCUGCAACAACACGUAAAAGAAAGGAACCUGAUGUACCCAGUGAUGAACAUACGUCAAAGAGACAACUGAAUUCUUAAGAAGAUCGAUAAUGUAAUUAAUAAUAAGUGCAUGCCGACUGACAAGUGUACAAGUGGCAAGUCACCUGGCCCCCGAGAAUGUUGUUUAAGUACUCUGAGAAUUUUCUAAAUUACGCAAUGUCCGUAAUGUCCCUGGUUUUAUAACA